ACGUUCUCCUCUCUCUCUCUUCAUUUUCCAUUUCACAUUCAGAAAUUUUCUUUCUUCUGUGAAUUUCAACAAACUUUUUCUUCGGUUUUGAUUCCGAUUCUUGUUUUUGAUGAAAACGAAUUAAAGUUUUGCGUCACGACGUCGUUUCCGGAAGGUUGAAGUCGGAGAAGAACGAAGUGACGCCGUCAUGAGCACGUGUAAUCGGUGGCGGUGGAGAAGGAGUAUGCGCUGUCACGGACGAAGGAAGGAGCGUUUUUUUUUUGCCGGAGAGUUUUUUCGUGGUGGUGGUGUAAGCGGCGUGGUUCAGAGACGAAGCCGGUGGUGCCAGCGAGAACCGUAUGAAGUCCCUGGCGUUUCACGGAAUUCUACCGGAAAUUGCAGCCACAUGGUCAAGACCCACGAGUUAGGGUUUUGUAUUACGUCGUCGUUUUAGGAUGGUCGAAGUCGGAGAAGAAAGAUGUGACAUCCGUGAGACGCGUAUGAAGUCCUUGGCAUUUCACGGAAUUCUACUGGAAAUCAAGAUUCCGUGGACGGAUGAAGAGCACAAGUUGUUUUCGGUUGGAUUGCAGAAAGUUGAUAAAGGUGAUUGGAGAGGAAUCUCAAGGAACUAUGUGAAAACAAGAACGCCUAUGCAGGUUGCAAGUCAUGCUCAGAAGUACUUUCUCUGCCGAAGUAAUCUCAAUCGCUGUCGCCGUAGAUCCAGUCUCUUUGAUAUCACCACCGACAGGGUUUGUAUGGUGCAACCAAAAGCAGAAAUGGAUCUCCAAUUUCAGUCAACAAAUAUGAGCAAUACUUAAGUGCAGUUGCAUUUGCUGUUACUACUUUUGGAACGGUUGCUUUGAUGAGUGGAUUCUUCCUUAAACCUGUUGCUACACUUGAUGAUUAUCUUGCUAACGUUCUGCCUCUAUUUGGUGGUUUCUUAUCUAUUCUUGGAGUUUCUGAGGUAAGUUAUAUGUUCAGUUUUCCACCAAACAUUAAAUUUUUUCCUAGACUAUAAAGCAUUAAAACAGCUGAGGUUUGUCAAGUUUAAAUUUUGUGUUUGUAUUAUCAACAUUGUCUUCAAUUGACAACUUGAGAUCAGUUGAGACGGCUGGAUUAACAAAGUGAUCGACAAAUGUUUUCGGAGUAUCUAGAGAAGCAGAUUGUGAGGACAAGUGACUCUCAACAAUGACAACAUUUACCAGACUGGAAAGAGGAUUUUCUUCUUCUUCUUUGUUUGAUGCAAACCUAGUGUUCCAGUACCGUCAUGAACCUUGAGGUGAGAGAUGUUCUUACAAUUGAAUGGCUUCAAAUUUUCUGUGGCUUCUUCGCCGAUGAAGGAAAGUUUGAAUUCCUUGAAAAUUUUGGUUAAGGCCAUAGAAUAAGGCAAGCCACUGUUUCCUGAUGUAUCCUUGAGUGCAGCUAUCAUAUGCCUAAUGAUUAAAUAUGGAAGGUUGAUUCUUUGUCCAUGAGUUAAGUGAUGAAAGAUCAUGAGAUCAUUGUCAUGUACUCAAUACCUAUUGCGGCUGUGAGGCAACAGACCGUGAGUACAAAGAUUAUGCAGAAUCUUGUACUCAUUUUUUAAGGCUGUUACAGGAAAAUCUUUAGCUGGUUUUACAUUACCGAAAAUUGUUUACCACAGAGUUUCGAUCAACAUUGACCUUGUCAUACCAUUUCUUACCAUACAACUUUACACCUGAGUUUGGUAUAUUAAAUACCUUUGCAAGAACAUCAGUGGUGAUAAUGACUUGAGUUUGAUUCAUAAGACAGAGUAUCACAUCAUGUCCUUUAAGGACCUUAGUAGAUGAGUAGAAUUUCUGAACAAGAUUUGAAUAGAUUACCUCAUCUAUUUCACAGAACUCUUUCCAACCGAUGCUAGUCAUAACAUUAUCAAGCAUUAUUCUCCUAGAUUUCAUAUCCUCAAAAUGAAAGGAUUUGCUUUCACAGAGAGGUCUUGACGAGAUUUCAGGAGCUGGACUUGUUUGAUAUGGAUUUAAGAUUAUCUUCUCUUUAAUGUUGACAAGUUUUGAGAUAAUAUCUUCCAUCAUCUUUUCUUUCUGAGCCUCCUUGCGAUCAUAUGGUGAAAAAGCUGAUGAGGAUGUUUUGAGUCGUUUGGUAGGAUUUUGAGCUUGCAUGUUGGAAUCUGGUUCAUUAUCAAGGUUAUUGUAUGAAGUUUUAGAGGGUUUUGAGCUUAGCCUGAUGGAUUUUCUAAGAUCAUUUGAGAAGGACCGUUUGGAUUGAUCAUUUGGUUUAAAAAGUUCAUCGAACGUUUCAGCUUUCACUAGUGCUGAAGUGGUGAAGCUUUUUGGUGGUGAACAAGAGUAAGGGCCAGUUUGUGAAUCUGGAAUGAUGAUUAAGGGAAUGGUGAGUGUUUCAUGAACGUAAGUGAAGGAAGUAGGAGGAGUAGGUGGUGGUGAUUCUUGAGGAGAAGAGGUGGUGUUUGGAUCAAUGGCGUGAAGGAGUUGAGAGAAAGUUUGAUUUUGUUUGUCCAUUUUUGUGUUUUCUGCAAAAUGGGAUGAAUAACAAAUGGAUGAGAGGUUCUUUUAAUGAGGAAGAAAAAGUUUUGAAUGGGACAAGAGUGAUGGUUAGUGAGUUGAUGAUUUAACAAGUCCAGCUCCUGAAAUCUUGUCAAGACCUCUCUGUGAAAGCAAAUUCUUUGAUUUUGAGGAUAUGAAAACUAGGAGAAUCGUGCUUGAUGAUGUUAUGACUAGCAUCGGUUGGAAAGAGUUCUGUGAAAUAGAUGAGGUAAUCUAUCCAAAUCUUGUUCAAAAAUUCUACUCAUCUACUAAGGUCCUUGAAGGACAUGAUGUGAUACUCUGUCUUAUGAAUCAAACUUAAGUCAUUAUCACCACUGAUUUUCUAGCAAAGGUAUUCAAUAUACCAAACUUAGGUGUAAAGUUGUAUAGUUAGAAAUGGUAUGAGAAGGUCAAUGUUGAUCGAAACUCUGUGGUAAACAAAAUUUUCGGUAAUGUAAAACCAGCUAAAGAUUUUCCUGUAACAGCCUUUAAAAAUGAGUACAAGCUUCUGCAUAAUCUAUGUACUCACAGUCUGUUGCCUCGCAUCCGCAAUAGGUAUCGAGUUUAUAACAAUGAUCUCAUGAUCCUUCAUCACUUAACUCAUGGACAAAGAUUCAACCUUCCAUAUUUAAUCAUUAGGCACAUGAUAGCUGCACUCAAGGAUACAUCAGGAAACGGUGGUUUGCCUUAUUCUUUGGCCUUAACCAAAAUUUUCAAGGAAUUCAAACUUUCCUUCAUCGGCGAAGAAGCCACAGAAAAUUUGAAGCCAUUCAAUUGUACGAAAAUCUCUCACCUCAAGGUUCAAGACGGUACUGGAACUCUAGGUUUGCAUCAAAUUCCACUACCUCAGGAAGCUUUUCUCAACAAAGAAGAAGAAAAUCCUCUUUUCAGUCUGGUAAAUGAUGUUAUUGUUGAGAGUCACCUGUCCUCACAAUCUGCUUCUCUAGAUACUCCGAAAACAUUUGUCGAUCACUUUGUUAAUCCAGCCGUCUCAACUGAUCUCAAGUUGUCAAUUGAAGACAAUGUUGAACCAAUUGCCAUUCCUACAGCUCCUCUGUUUAACUGCGAAAAUUCUGCUCUGUUUGGUUCCUCUUGUUUGAACAGGUUCCUUAAUUCUCCAAAGAAUGACAAUCCUCUUUUGAGUGAUAUUCCACCCAUUCCUUCGCAUUUCAGCUCUUUUGACAGCUUCAAAUCAAUUGGAACUUCUCCAAAAAAUGAUCCUCCAAUCGAACCAGCAUGCUUAAACAUCACAAAUGAAAUGCUUUUCUCUGAAAUUUUUUCUCUUCGAUCCUUCAUGUUCCAGUACUUUGGGCUGAUGGCUCCUGCUCCUAGCAAGGAUCCUGGUUCUUCAUCUAAUCCACCUCCUAAUCAGCAGUAGUAUGCUCUGUUUAUAGUGUCUUGUGCUAUCUUUUUGAGGAUGACAAAAAGGGGGAGAAAGCAAAUGUCUUGCGCGCACACUUUGCAUGAAAUGAAUUUGAAAAAUAUGCCUUUUUUUUUUUUUUUUUUUUUUUUUUUUUUUUUUUUUGUAGAUUAUCAAGCACUUUGGUGUCCUGUUUUUUAGUAUUUAUGUGUCUUUCCUUUUCUAGUUAAGAAUCUUAAAAAAUGGACUUUUUGUACUUCAGCAAGUUAUUGCUAAAAAUGGAACUUCAAUGCUAUAUGCAGUUCAGCCGUUUUUCAUGAUCAAUGCAAGAAUAUAUGUUCUUAUCUA